AGACACUGCUGCUCCGGGGGGCUGACCUGGCGGGGAGUGGCCGCGCAGUCCGCUCCGGCGCCGCUUUGUGCGCGCAGCCGCUGGCCCCUCUACUCCCGGGUCUGCCCCCCGGGACACCCCCCGCCCCGCCCAAGUCAUGCAGCUCUACCUGCCUCUCCGCUGUGGACCUUUGGGAAGCAGCUGCCCACCCCGGGGGCUCGGGCCCUGACCGUGCCGGGAGCGGGUCGGUGUCCGCCCGGGACCCGCCUGCGCCCCUCGCGCCCGCCGGUCCCCGAGCUCCAAAGUUGCGGGUACUAGCGCGAGUUGGAAAGUUUGCCUGAGGGCUGGUGCAGGCGUGGAGCUGGCGGACCCGCGCUGCCCUGGGAGCCUGAGCCGGCCAGUGACCAAAACCUUGUGUGACUGCGCUCAACAGCAAUAUAUCCAGAUUCUCCUCAGAAGUGAGACUUUCCAAAGGACCAAUGACUCUGUUUCCCGUGCCCUUUCAUUUUUCCCCACUCUGUAGCUAUGUCUCGAUCCCGCCAUGCAAGACCUUCCAGAUUAGUCAGGAAGGAAGAUGUAAACAAAAAGAAAAACAGCCAGCUGAAGAAGACUUCCAAGCCCGCCAACAAACAUGUGGCGUCGGUCAAGACUUUAAGCCCUGGAAAAUUAAAGCAAUUAAUUCAAGAAAGAGAUGUUAAGAAGAAAACAGAUCCUAAACCACCUAUGCCAGUCAGAAGCCUUCUGACAAGAGCUGGAGCAGCACGCAUGAAUUUGGAUAGGACUGAGGUUCUUUUUCAGAACCCAGAGUCCUUAACUUGCAAUGGGUUUACAAUGGCUCUCCGAAGCACCUCUCUUAGCAGGCGACUCUCCCAACCCCCAGUGGUCAUAACCAAACCCAAGAAAGUUCCACCUUCUAAGGGUUUAGAAAAGCAACGUGAUUGUGAUUAUAAGGUACUCACUGACAUGGGAGUAAAGCACUCGGAAAAUAAUUCAGUACCAAUGCAAGACACCCUAAUCUCUCCUACUAUAGAGAAUCUAAUCUGUGUACAAAAUACAUCUUUAAUUAAAGGUGAGAAUCAAGAGACAAGCCAGUCUUGGUCCCAAAGGGUUGAGGAUUCCAAAAUCAAUAUCCCCACCCACAGUGGCCCUGCAGCAGAGAUCCUUUCCGUGCCCUUGGAAGGGACGUGUUGUGAAGGACUAUUUGCUGAAGAGACAUGGAAUGAUACCAGUUGUUCCCCUAGAAUGUUUGCUCAGGACACUAUGUGUGCUCCUUUACCCCAAAGAGCAGCUCCCAAAGUUACCUCUCAAAGAAACCCCGGCAUUCAGUUAGAAGACUUGGGUUCACGAGUAGAAUCUCUUAAGUUGUCUGAUUCUUACCUGGAUCCUAUCAAAAGUGAGUAUGAUUGCUGCCCCACCUCCAGUUUUAAUAAGGUUAUACCUGAAUCGAACCUUAGAAACUGCUUGUCUAUUGGUGGGUCUACAUAUCCUACCUCUGUAAUAAAAUCCUUCUUGACAGGCUCAGAACAAGAAAUCCUUGGUGCUAAACCAGAUCAUCAAGAGGCCUUCAAAGCUACUGCAGAUCAACAGGAAGUUCCUGAUACCACCUCUGUCCUAGGACAGGCUUUUGGUGCUAUCCCACAUCAAUGGGAAUUUCCUGGUGCUAACCCAGUUCAUGGUGAGGCCCUGGGUGAGACCCCAGACCCACCAGAGAUUCCUGGUGCUAUUCCAGUCCAAGGAGAGGUCUUUGGUACUAUCUUAAACCAACAAGAAACCCUCAGUAUGGGUGGGGGUGCUGUCCCAGAACUGCCUAUCUUCCUUCCUCUUCCUCCAAUCACAAUUGCUACCUAUAAUGCUCCUCCCAAAUGGCCUGAGCCCCAGAGCACUGUGUCAUGUGGGCUUGAGGUCCAGGGUGCUAUGCAUAUUUUGCCUUUGGGCUCAGGACACACUCCUCAAUCAUCAUCAAACUCAGAGAUAAGUUUGGUACCUCCAGUAAUGGCUAUCAGCAAUGUAGAAAAUGAGAAGCAGGUUCAUAUAAGCUUUCUGCCAGCUAACACUCAGGGGUUCACAUUAGCCCCUGAGAGAGGGCUCUACCACACUUCACUGGGUGUUGCCCAACUCUCCCAGGCUAGUCCCAGCAAAUCAGAAAGAGGGAGCUCCCAGGUCAGCGUGACCAGCAUGGUUGAUGUUGUCAACACCACAGUGGUAUCAAUGCCAGUGUCACUCUCUAGUACCUCCUCUUCUUCCUACACAACUUUGCUACCUACUUUGGAAAAGAAGAAACGAAAGCGAUGUGGGGUCUGUGAACCCUGCCAGCAGAAAACCAACUGUGGUGAAUGUACUUACUGCAAGAACAGAAAGAACAGCCAUCAGAUCUGUAAGAAGAGGAAAUGUGAAGAGCUGAAAAAGAAACCAUCGGUCAUUGUGCCUUUAGAGGUUAUAAAGGAAAACAAGAGGCCCCAGAGGGAAAAGAAGCCCAAAGUUUUAAAGGCAGAUUUUGACAACAAACCAGUAAAUGGCCCCAAAUCAGAAUCCAUGGACUACAGUAAAUGUGGUCAUGGGAAAGAACAAAGAUUGGAAUUGAACCCAAAACCCCUUGAAAAUGUAGCUAAAAAUGAGGAAAGCAUGACAGGUGUUGAAGUGGCCAAGUGGACGCAAAACAAGAAAUCACACUUAAUUAAUCAUGUCAAAGGCGAUUUCAGUGCUAAUGUGACAGAAGCUGAAAAAUCAAAAAACUCUGAAAUUGACAAGAAACAAAACAAACCUCCACAAUUGUUUAUACAAACUGUAAGAAAUGGCAUUAAAAAUGUACACUAUUUACCAACUGAAACAAAUGUGUCAUUUAAAAAAUUCAAUAUUGAAGAAUUUGGCAAGGCAUUUGACAAUAAUUCCUGUAAAUUCCUAAAAGACACUGCAAACCAUAACAAUGCCAUGAGCUCUAUUGCUACUAGUGCGAGUUGUGAUCAUCUCAAGGGGAGAAGUAAUGCGUUAGUCUUCCAGAAGCCUGGCUUUAAAUGUAAUUCUAAUCCAGAUUCUUCAAACUUCAAUAUAAACAGUCACACUGGUACACACAAUGAAGGUGAUCAACCAAAAACUCCUGACGAUAUGCCAAGUAAAGAACCAAAAGAGGGGUCUCCAGUUCAAGCAGGAAUUCUAUCCUUAAUGAAAGAUAGGAGAUUAACAUUGGAUCAAGUGGUAGCCAUAGAGGCCCUGACUCAACUCUCAGAAGCCCCAUCAGAGAAUUCCUCACCAUCAAAGUCAGAGAAAGAUGAAAGAUCAGAGCUGAGAACAGCUAGAUUGCUUAACAGCAGCCACAAAGCUGCUAUUGUAGGAAAAGACCUUCAAGACCCAAACAUACAAGGAGAGGCACCAGACCUUCAUCAAUGUCCAUCUUUGGAAAAGCAAAGUUCAUGCAACAUAGUGGUAUUCAAUGGCCAAAAUACUCUUUCCAACUCACAUAUCAGCUCAGCUACUAACCAAGCAUCCACAACGUCAUAUGAAUAUUCAAAAGUCACAAAUUCAAUACCUCUUAUACCAAAAACAAAUUCAUCCAAGACCGAUACCAGUAAAAAUAUUGCUAAAGGUAGUAUUACUCUUGACAGUUGUUCCAAGAUUUUGCAUCAGUUCCCACCAAGAAGUAAUAAAUUGGGAUAUUGUAAUGAGUUCCUGGACAACAGUAAAAAUUUGGACUCAGAUGAUGUAUUAUGUCAGGAUGCAACCCAUACUCAAAUUGAGGAAGAUGUUGCAACACAACUAACACAACUUGCAUCAAUAAUUAAAUCAACUAAUACAAAUCCAGAGGACAAAAAACUUGAAAGUAAUAAUAAUGCACAGCAAAAAUACAGUCAGGAAAAGGGCUUAAUACAACAGAAACCAACUUCCAGUGUACAAAAUAAUGGUUCCUCAUUAACAAAGCAAAAGACUACAACCCAGAAAAAGACAAAAUCCACCCCAUCAAGAGAUCGGCGGAAAAAGAAGCCCAUAGUUGUAAGUUGUGAGGAAAAGCAUCAGCAAAACCAGAAAAAGUCACAUCAGUAUCGUCAGUUACAUGACAUUUGGAUAGGAUCCAGAUUUCAAAGAUAUGGGCAAUUUUAUCCACCUGUUUUUCCUAUCCUUUUGGGAGAAAUUCCGCCCAUAACCACAAUGUGCAAACCACUGGCUCCAAAAAGUUCAACCAUACAAGAGAAAAAAUUCUUUCCUCCAGUCGCUCAGAUAAAAUUUGAGAGGUAUACAGAAAUAGCACAGGAAAAAAUGGUGAAGGUUGAACCACUGGAUUCUCUCACCUUAUUUCAUUUUAAAAUGGAAUCCAACGGGCAGGAGUUUACAGAUAAAGCUUAUAAUUCUCAGGUACAGUCAACAGUGAAUGUUAAUCAGAAAGCUCACCCUUCGACCCAGCCCUCCUCUCCACCUAACCAGUGUGCUAAAGGGAUGGCUAGUGAUGACCAAAUACAGUUGCAACAAGAUGUUAAGGAGCAACUCAUGCAUCAGAGACUGCCAGCAUUGCCAGGUAUCUCUCAAGAGACACCCUUACCGGACCCAGCACAAAUUCUCAGGAAUGUAAAUGUAGUGUGUUCAGGUGGAAUUACAGUGGUUUCUACCAAAAGUGAAGAGGAAGUCUGUUCAUCUAGCAUUGGCGGAUCAGAAUUUUCCCCAGUAGACAGCACACAGAAAAAUUUUAAUGAUUAUGCCAUGAACUUCUUUACUAACCCAACAAAAAACCUGGUGUCUAUAACUAAAGAUUCUGAACCACCCACCUGCAACUGUCUUGAUCGAGUUAUACAAAAAGACAAAGGCCCAUAUUAUACACACCUUGGGGCAGGACCAAGUGUUGCUGCUGUCAGGGAAAUCAUGGAGAAUAGGUAUGGUCAAAAAGGAAAUGCAAUAAGGAUAGAAAUAGUAGUGUAUACUGGGAAAGAAGGAAAAAGUUCUCAUGGGUGUCCAAUAGCUAAGUGGGUUUUAAGACGAAGCAGUGAUGAAGAAAAAGUUCUUUGUUUGGUCCGGCAGCGUACUGGCCACCACUGUCCAACGGCUGUGAUGGUGGUGCUCAUCAUGGUGUGGGAUGGCAUUCCUCUUCCCAUGGCUGACAGAUUGUACACGGAGCUUACUGAGAAUCUAAAGUCAUACAACGGUCAUCCCACAGACCGAAGAUGCACCCUCAAUGAAAAUCGUACCUGUACAUGUCAAGGAAUUGAUCCAGAGACUUGUGGAGCUUCAUUCUCUUUCGGCUGUUCAUGGAGUAUGUAUUUUAACGGGUGUAAGUUUGGUAGAAGCCCAAGCCCCAGAAGAUUUAGAAUUGAUCCAAGCUCUCCCUUGCACGAAAAAAACCUUGAAGAUAACCUACAGAGUUUGGCUACGCAAUUAGCUCCUAUUUAUAAGCAGUAUGCUCCAGUUGCUUACCAAAAUCAGGUUUGUACUUUAACACGAGAAGAUAACCGCUCAUUGGGUGUUAUUCCUCAAGAUGAGCAGCUCCAUGUGCUACCUCUUUAUAAACUUUCAGACACAGAUGAGUUUGGCUCAAGGGACGGAAUGGAUGCCAAGAUCAAAUCUGGGGCUAUUGAGGUCCUCACACCCUGCCGCAAAAAAAGAACACGUUUCACUCAGCCUGUUCCUCGUUCUGGGAAAAAAAGGGCUGCAAUGAUGACAGAGGUUCUGGCACACAAGAUAAGGGCAGUUGAGAAGAAACUCGUUCCUAGAAUCAAGCGGAAGAAUAACAGCACCACGACAACAAACAACACUAAGGCUUCCUCACUGCCACUCUUAGGGAAUAAAACUGAGACGGUGCAACCUGAAAUAAAAAGUGAAACGGAACCCCAUUUUAUCUUUAAAGUUUCAGAAAACACUAAAACCUGUUCCCUGAUGCCAUCCACUCCUCACCUGGCAAAGGAGGCAAACCUAUCUCCAGGUUUCUCCUGCUCCCCGAAGACUGCUCCAGCCACCACAGCUCCAUUGAAGAGUGAUGCAGCAGCCUCGCAGGGGUUUUCAGAAGGAAAUAGCAUACCCCACUGCACAACGCCUUAUGGAAGCCACAGCGGUGCCAAUGCAACUGCUGGGGAAUGCACUGGAAUUGCACAGCCUGGUGAAGUGGCUCCUCUUCCCGCCCUAUCUACACCUGUGACAGAUUCCUUGGUGUAUUCUGAGCCUCCCACUGGUCCACCUGAGCAGCUAACUUCUAAUCAGCCAAACCAGCAGCCCCCAUUCCUCACCUUCCCUCAUGAACUUGCUUCCUCUCUGCUAGAAGAAGAUGAGCAGCAUUCUGACGCAGAUGAGCCCCUAUCAGAUGAGCCCCUCUCUGAUGACCUCCUGUCGCCUGCUGAAGAGAAAUUGCCCCACAUUGAUGAGUAUUGGUCAGACAGCGAGCACAUCUUCUUGGAUGCCAAUAUUGGCGGGGUGGCAAUAGCGCCUGCACACGGCUCGGUUUUAAUUGAGUGUGCCCGGCGGGAGCUUCAUGCUACGACUCCUGUUGAGCACCCAAACCGUAAUCAUCCUACUCGCCUCUCCCUUGUUUUUUACCAGCACAAAAACCUGAAUAAGCCCCAACAUGGUUUUGAACUAAACAAGAUUAAGUUUGAGGCUAAAGAAGCUAAGAAUAAGAAGAUGAAAGCCUCAGAGCAAAAACACCAGGCAGCUAAUGAGGGUCCUGAACUGUCCUCUGAAGUAAAUGAAUUGAACCAAAUUCCUUCUCAUAAAGCAUUAACAUUAACCCAUGACAAUGUCGUCACCGUGUCCCCUUAUGCUCUCACACAUGUUGCAGGGCCCUAUAACCAUUGGGUCUGAAGGCUUUUCUCCCCUUCUUAAUGCCUUUGGUAGUGCAGUGUAUUUUUUCAAGGUGCUGUUAAAAGAAAGUCAUGUUGUGGUUUACUAUAUCUUCAUCUCACCCAUUUCAAGUCUGAGGUAAAAAAAAAAUGGGGUGGGUACUCUUAACUGUGACUA